CCUCGCUGACCAGUACAUCCGCGAAAAGUGCCAUGCAAAGCGACCCAGCGUCGCGCCCAGACCAGAACGUCGACCACGAUGCGGACUCGGACUCGCUCUUCGGCUCGCCCCCGCCCUCGCCGCGCGGGAGAGGUAGGUCACCAUCUCCGCUAGCCCUGCCGGGCGCGGCUGGCUCUGCACAAAACGUGGGGACCCUUGCACUUCCUGGUUCCCAUCUUGUCGCUGAAGCAUCAGUCCAUCCGUCAGCGUCAUCGCCGUUGAGUGUUAAUGACCGCGCAACGAACGUCGCGCCCCCGCCGCGUGCGCAGAGGGCAUGGCAGGCGGGCGCUCACCCGGUAUGUACACGGCCUGCUGCUGGACACGUUGCGCACGGAGGUGCGGUAGCCGACGCUUCCCGCGCUUCAUCCGGGCAGCGUAAGUCGAAGAAAGGGAAGGAGAAGGCGGUGGGAGGCUUUACUUCUCGCUCGUCCACUCCGCGGCCUGCCGCGCCGCCCAUACCUAUCCCCUCGCCUGACGAGCCGGUCCCGCCGAACUUCCUACGCAACCAGCAAGCCCUCCUGGGAGUAGCAGGCCUCGUCGGUGGCGUCAACCCAUCUCAGCUCGCCCCGCAGCCUGGAACCACUGCAGGCAACCCCAUCGUGCUCGAUGAAGACGACGACGAUCAGCCACGUACUAUCGGUCGCCGGCCUCUCGCAGACAGCACGGUCCCCCCACUUCCUACCGCUCGCGGUCCAGAAAUACUCCAAACUCUAGCUCGGCAAGGGAACGUCCUUCCUCUGGUCGAGUCACUCGUCCGCCUCCUCGCGGGCACCGCUACCACUGCCGCCCCGCUGCCCAAGCGCCUCGAACGCACCGGAUGGGAGCGUCACAGACCUACAGAGGCUCCGCCUCUCAAGCGUCGCAAGCUCAAUACUGUACCGGCGGGCGCGAGCGACUGGGACGUGCCGUACCCGUUCCAGGACGGUCAGGGCCCGGCGGACUAUCACACGACGUGGGCGAAGGAGCGCGCGCGCCGGCUGGUGAGGGAGCUGGUCGGCCUGGUGCGCGACGCCGCGAAAAAAGCGGCUGUCAAGGGAUACCUGCAGGAGCAGGAGCGCGCAAGGAAACGGAAGUGGAUGGACGAGCGGGGCUGGCAGGGAAGGGUUGGCGGCGAUCAACACGGCGGCAGGACGCAGCUCUAUUGCAUGGAAGAUGGCCUGUUUCAGGCGAGGGCGAGGAGUGUCGCUCCGGGUGUUGGACCUCCGGCUUUUGGUGUUGGGCUGAGUGCUCCGACGCAGUCUGCUAUGAUGGCGUCGAGGCAGACGAUGAGCGAGCCCCCACUGCGACAGGUAUCUCCGGCCCCUUCGCUGUCGGCGUCGUCGGCGUCGAUCAACCAAUGGUUGGCGUCAAUGCUGGCGAGCACGCCGCCUACCGUGGAAGAGCAAGGUCAAGUAGAGCCCGGUGCACCGCAAGCUCCUCAAGAUGUAGCAUCUCUGGCUGGGUCGUCUGCUCAAGAACAUGCUGAAGGUACCAAUAAUAACCAGUACUUCGACGACUGGCUGGCGCUACUCGAGUCUAUCCCGCCUGGGGAUCCGAAUGACCCCUCUGCUCUCCCGGAUUUGCGGAACGUCCUGGAUGACUUCGCUGCUGGUGUGCCGGCCGACGGCUCUGCCAACGCGUAUGGGGCCUCGGGCUCAGGCCAGGGCAUGGACACCUUCCCUGACUUCUUCCUCGACCCGGCUCUAUUCGACGCGCCUGUCUUCCCUGAUACACCCCCUGCACAACCCCACCCCCCAUCUGCACCACCAAAUUCCUUUCCUGACUUUGCCCAAUCUGCACUCCCCGCACGGAACCAUCCGACCGCCGACCCGAAGUACCUCUCGCCGAUCGUCCCCGGGCCGAGCGCCACGCCGAGCCUGACGGGCUCGCCGCUCGCGUCGACCGCGUCGCUCGCGGACGCGGAGCAGAGCCCGGCGACGCCGGAGUGGGCGUGGUCGUUCGGCGAGCUGGGCGGCGGUGGGGGCGCGGCGGCUGGGCUGGGCGGCGUGGAGCUGGGGUUGACGGGUGCGGAUGGGGAGGGCAUCGUUGUGGGUGCGGAGGAGAUGAGGGAGUUUGAGAAGGUGCUGGAGGCGUGUGGGCCGGGGGCUGUGAGCGUGCCCGCUGGGGCAGGAAUCAGGGACGUGGACGAGUCGGGGCGCGGGCGAGAUGCGAUGGACGUGGAUGGUGUUGGGACGGGUAGGGGGUUGCCUGGCGUCGCGGAAGAACAGAUGCAAGACGGGCAGGUCACCGGUACAGGACAGACGGCCUCCGGGCAAAUGCCAAAUGGUGGUCAAACAUCGCAGGCGGAGGUGGACGAGUCGGACCAGCCGUCAAUCCAGUGGUUAUCGACAGCAGAGCAAGCGCAAUUGCAACUGCCUGACGGUCCAUCUCUUCGAAACAUCUCUCCUGCCUUCCUGCCCGCCCAUUCCACUCAACCCAUCGCAGGACCGUCAUCCGCGUCGCCGGGCGCGGGAGCCCAACCUUCCGCCGGCUCAUGCACACCACAGCUAGCUACCCUCGCCACCGCCGCGCUCGCCCCGCACACUGCGCCGUCCCCGCUCAACGCGCUCAGCUCGCUGCUCGCGCUGACGAGCGCGUCGAAGCCCGCGGGCACGGGCACGAGCCGGCUGACACGCGCGGGGGUGCUGCAGCGCGCGAAGGCGAUGCGGCGGGACCUGGAGCGGGCGCGAGAGAAGGCGCGGGUCGAGCUUUGGGAGACGACGGUGGAGGGGGCGUGUUUGGUGGGCUUGGGGAGGGAGGUGGCGAAGAUGGGGACGGGUGAGGGGAUCCGGAAUGGGGUGGGUAGGCAGAUGGGAUUGGGGACUGACUCGUGAGUAGCUGUGGGUGGGGAAGUAUUCUAUGUCGUCGAUGUGUGCGGCUUAAUGUCUUGAUGUGGUACUUUAUGAGGAGCACUCAAUGCCAUGAUGAG